AUGACACGAGAGGGCGCCUACGACCUGAGCUUUCGCUAUUGCCUAGAUCCGCAUCUCCCAAUAACCAGAUACGACACACCUCCACUCUAUCUCAUCAGCAAGAAGGGCGGAUUUCGCAAAAUCAACUUUACAGAAAUGGCCCAAAUAAAUGAUGCUGACUGGAGAAGGCCAAUCAAUCCAGGCGUCUUCUUUCUGUAUCCACAAGGUCUUGCAUUACGCGGAUUCACUCAGAAAUACAAGGAGACCGGAAUGGUUCCGGAGGUAAGUUCAGAUUCGCUGUCAAAUUGACCCCCUAAAAGUUCACUCGGCGUGUUUCCUUGAAAUGAGAACCUAAUGGACAGCAUUUUCUUUCCUGACGUUAACAGUGGGGGGAGGAGUUAAUGUUCUUCCGGCUGUGAUAUUUGCACUGAAUCCAUCCGGGCGGCCAUUCUGGCGAAAGAGGCUUUCGUCAAACUUAAGCUCUCUCUCUCAACGCUAUCAGUCGAGCAGAUCCUUCUCACCCUUUCUGCCAAGCAGUAAACUAAACUUCAUUUCAAAUUAAGCGGUAGGAGACUUCCAAAAUUGGUCGUCCUCUUACGGUCAACGUUAUGUCGAAUUCUACGGUCAGGCCUUCUACUCAAAAGCACAUACAGAAAGGGAAACGAUCCGAGCUGUUCUUCUUACAGCGGGAAUUUGAUUCGUGGGGAGCCUGAUUUAUAUUAUCCUGUCAAAAUGAGGCGUUGUUUCGUCCGUUGCAAUCCACGUAUCACCCAUAGUGUCUUAGGCCGUUGAUCUGGUAACGAAACUGGGAAAAUUCUGGCGUGCCCAUGAAUAUAUGCGUCAAAACCGGGCCAAGAGGGUAAGCCCAGGGCCCCUCGAAGGAUUAUGUCUUUAUCCACUUUUGGGCGUUAUAAUGUUUUCUGUUCUUCUUUGCUGUGAGGUUCGCUCUCCUUCUAUUGCAUUAACAAAGAGGGUUUUUGUGGCUGAUCAACUAUUUCGUCCAUUCUGACGUUUGUCUUUGUUGAAGAACAGAUUCAAAAGCGGCAAUGUACUCUGGGGGUGGGGCGUUUGCUGUGUUGAAAAUGGCUCCACGUUCCAGGACUGCAAGUUGUGUGCUGGUGAGGGAUUUGGAAGAAGGAUUGUGGACAAGGUCGCCCGACGAGUUAUUUGAGCGAGCUGGUCUCAGUUUGGUAAAUUUGCUGAUAAUUCUUUGCCUUUUUGGCACGAACCUUUCGAGCAUGAUUGAGCAUGGUUUUCUCAAUAUCCUUCGAUCCUUCACCAGUAGUUGCCACGAAAUACGACUUCGAUUGAGCAAUUCCUGGGCCGUAGCACUAAAAUCUUUGAUGGCAAUCAUGCAUAAGUAUUGUAGUCAUUCUUCUGCCGUGUCGCGCCAAAAUAUCCCUUGCCAAGGUUGCUGAAAUGGUCCUUCAUUGGGUAGAGCGCUCGGUGUUCACAAGUAUCAACCAAAGUUUUGGGUUCGUUACGUCAAUGACACCAUCUGAUGUGGAGCACUUUAAAGAAUCGCGGAACUCGGAUGACCCGAAUAUCCAAUUCACGAUAGAAGCUAAAACAAACAACCAACUUCCCUUCCUCGAUGUCCUUGUGCGUCGGUGUGCGACUGGGCAAUUACAAACUACCGUUUUUAGAAAAGCCAUCAACACAAGACAAAUACUUCACGUCAGCAGCAAUCACCCUCUCUCUGACAAAUGCAGCUGUGUCCGUACUGUAGUCCAAAGAAUUGAAACACACUGCAGCAAACCAUCCAAAAAAGAUUUGAACGACAAUAACUCCAUGACCUUAUUGGGGCCAAAGGAUGCCCAAGCUACUUCAUCAAUCAGAGCAAGUGCCGAGUCAACAGGCGACAACCACAAGAAGAAUAAUCCGAAGUAUGGAGGGCUAUUCCUUACAUUAAAGGAGUCUCCGAGGCUGUUUCUCGUCUGUUACAACCAUCCAGGGUAGGCAUUGCCCAUCGACCUCAGGCAGCAAUUCGUCGCCGUUUGAUGCAACCCAAAGACAUACUGCCACCCACUGAAACCUCAGCAGUUGCCUAUAAAAUACGUUGUAACGAUGGAGACUGCAACUACUUUGGGGAAAUCGGGCGGAAAUUUCAGACCCGCCUAAUUGAGCACAAACUACCAACUCGGAAACUAGACUCAAUCCCACGGCUUGCGACUCACAUCAGAGAAACUGAUCACAGUUUUGACCUUCAAGGAGCAAACAUCCUAAGCCUGGGCACCUCAAGGACAGAACGUCUUACAAGAGAGGCUUGGUACUCAGAUGCCAAAUCCAUCAACAGGCAUAUUGAACUCCCUGCGGCCUAUAAAGUCCUACGUUAGUACAUACGCCAUAAGAGGGACAGCAGUAAAAUGUCCCUGAUCCGGUGAACCCUGUAUUUUUCACAGGCAGCCACAAUGGUCAGACUAGAGUGCCUAAGAUUUCCGCUGAAAACCAUGCAAGCAGACAAAUGUUGAAAGAAGAACACGGGAAAGAAAACAGUGUUUUUGGUUUCACCAGCUGUGGCCUCCGGUCUAAUGCCUACUUUGAAUAUUUUGUGGUGUCAGGUAAUGAAGCUGAUGUCGCAGAAGGACACCGGGGGCUAAAUCGAAGUUCAGCCUAAAACAAGCUAGUAUACUCACCUGGAAUAUUCUGCUAAAUUUAAGCACGUGCGGUCGACAUCGGCACACCGAAUGUUCUCAACCCUGGUUGGUCGAUUUUAACUGUCGGUAAACAUCCCUCGACGGGUUAUGCAGCACUACAUGCGUGAGAUUAAGUUCCGUAUAUAUUAUUGCCCCCGAAGGUGUGGGUUUUAUUUCCGAGUCUAGCUGGCACAACUAGAACAGACUAAAUCAUGACAUGCCCUUUCACGCUGUCUCUCCGCGCAUGGAUUUCUCUCCUCGCGUUGCUGGGAUUCCUUAAGAUACUCAACGAUGCCUACUUCACAAGAGAACGUUUGGUAAACGUUGUCGAAACUGUGAAAAUGGGAGUUUCCUCGACUCUAUGCGACGCCGUCUGGGUUAAAGUCGGUGAAAUGACACGGGACGGCGCCUACGACCUGAGUCUUCGUUACUGUGUAGAUCCGCAUCUCCCAGUAACCAGACAUGACUCAUUUCCCCUCGGUACCAUCAGCAAGAAGGGUGGAGAUCGCAAUAUCAGCUAUGCAGAGCUGGCGCAAAUAGACGAUACUGACUGGAAAAGGCCAAUUGAUCCGGGCGUCUUCCUUCUGUAUCCGCAGGGUUUUGCACUGCCUGAACUCAUCAAGAAUUACAGGGAGACCGGCUUUGUUCCUGAGGUGGGUAAAAUUGAUGCAUAAAAUGCAGUCUUUGAUACUGUUCGGAAAAUAAGAUAAAAGAUGAAGGAUAAUGUUGCAAAGUCCUCUCAGUCUCGUUGUGCAUGCUAGCACACAGUACCUGGCUGAUUUUCUGUAAAAAGAAGAUUGGGCGAGCAGCAGAACAAUUGGUUUAUCUUUAUAAGCCAGCUAGUUUUGUGUGUACGCGAUCCGAGCAUACGCUCAAUCUGACCUGUGUAGUUACAAGGGCAGUUUUCGCACAAAAUAUGUUCGACUACCCCAGAUUGCUCAACGGGAUUUAACCGGACAUUUGCUCCCAUAAACUUGCUGUACUUGGUGACUUUGGGUCGGUGUGCGAUUCCAACACAUAGUCUCGCUUUUGACGCCAGCGUACAGAGCCCUGGGCAGCCACCUCCAGGCAAGCGCCGUCGAUCGACGUUCGACUAAUACACCCCCACAGUCGUCGCUCGUUCUGUCGCCACCACUACCUCUGACGAUGGACUUCUGCAGGGAUUCAAAACCUCAGAACAAUAAACAGACUGUCCGACCAGUCCUCCUUCUUUUCUAUAAAUAUAGCGGGAACUUAAAGUGCUAGCAGGUAUAAAAAGUAGACAAAGGUUCGACUGUCGUGACCGACGAUGUCCCCUGUGUGUUUCACAACAGGGACGGUAACUUGCGCGUGACCUAACCUAAAGUGACGGUAAACUUGCGCAGCAUCUACCUCAACCCCCUCUUUCUCCACCGCGACCCUGUGUCAAGACAGAGCCAAGGAGACAGGAGGCGGGAGCGGACGUAAGCCCGUGACGCAGCCGAACACCCGCAACUGGGCGCACCACUACACACUCUGGUCCACAACGUACGCAGGAAUAAACAGAGGCUGGCUCGGCUUUUAAGGCACCUUGAUAUUCUCAAGCGCGUCAGAUUGUUUGUAGUAAGGGAUUAUGCGCUCAGGGGGUCGAUCUCACCCUCCCAGACACCAGUUCACUGUCAGAACCGGUCGGCUGUCUGACCUGGGAUUAGGUGCAGUGGACGACAGAGCUAGGGAGUUCGUCUCCGCGCGCCCCACGCACGACCCGGUCUCCAUACGCACACACACACACAAGGGGAACAGACCGGUCAGACGUCACACACACACACAUACAACGGGGAAGCCACCUGGAGAAAUGAGUCAAAUGGCACACUCCUCACCUACGUGAGAGGUGCCGGUGAUGUGUGAUCGGGUACAUUAAGAAUGACAUAGGGGGGCGCACCAAUCGCGUUAUGGAAUCUACUUGUCGCGUUGUUCUUUAGGGAUCCCUCUUGAGCCCGCCAGUAGGCGUACAGCUGCCGGCUACCCCCAGAGAAUCCACAGGACACCUAUUUAUUUCUGCUUUCAUAAUGCCUCCGAGCCCUAAACGCCUUUUUCGUGUACGCUUUUAGCCUCCAUUAAAUAGCCCCACCGUACGGUUACUCAAAGUGAGCACUUCGGUUUGUCCACCGGAAGGAAUUAACGCUUCUGACCGCGAACACAACCACGACCUCGUCGUCAUUGUGAAAUCAGCCGUCUACAACUUCGAGGACAGACAAAACUUUCGCAGAUUCUACGCCAAUCUGCGAAACGAGAGCGGCGCUAAACUGCCUUAUCGCAUAGGGGUAGUGUUCGUGGUGGGCCUGCCAACAAGCGCAAGCAGCAAUUUCUUCCAACGCGAUGGUUUCAACAUCUCACUGCCCGGUCGCGCCGGCAACUCGCUCGUCAACGUUGUAAACCGCCGCGCCCAGAUUCGAACUCGUCUAGAGCAGGAGAUGCGUGAACACGAUGAUCUCAUCGUGGGCGACUUCGAGGACACCUACUACAAUCUGUCUCUGAAGAUGCAUCACACCUUCGUGUGGGCGGCGAGGUUCUGUCGCGAACGUCCUGCCUUCAUGUUCCUCGACGAUGACAUUGGUUUCAAUGAGAAGCGCCUCCAGGCCGUUCUGGCCAGUCUGCCGGUGGAUUGGCGGCGCAGAGUUUCCAUUUCGAAUACUCACUGGAAUAGUCCCACCGUGCGUCCUACCGAUUCUGCUGCAUAUCGGAAGUGGGCACUGUCGAAGCGGGAGGUUCUGUGGCCAGUGCAUGCGCCCUACAGCAAUGGAUACUUCUACAUGCUUGGUUACGAUCACGUGGCGGAUCUGGCGUUGGCCAUGUCCUUCACCAAGAGCCUUCCCAUUGACGACGUCUGGUUGGGUCUGGUGAUGCAUAGGAUUGGCCUCCAUUUCAACUUACCAACUGGGAUCACCAGCUCCAUGAAGCAUCAAGCCAAUGUCAGCGGGUAUAUUGUUUUACCCCUUAAUUCCCUCCUCAGUGCAUAG